AGAUGAAUUAAAUCAAGAGUCAGCAGGGUAGGUGUUGUUAAAUUUUUUUUUUUUAUUUAAAUUUAUGCAAAUUGGUGGUUUGUGCUGGUUAGGCAUGCCAUUUUAUAUUUUCUGGUGCAAAGGUGUUGGAAGUGAGGAGUCAUGGUCAACAAUCAUCAAUAUUUGGAAUUGUGAUUUUAACAGUAAAGAAUGUAUGAGAUGCGUGGUGAGAAUGACCCUGUUACUUCUGUGAACCGAUCAUGUCUCAUGACCCACAACUUGAGAAACGCUGCAUACUGUAUAUUACACAGCCUCUUUCGUCAGACUCCAAUUUUAGCUGAAAGAAUAUAACAAAUAUAUAUUUUUCUUGAAACCCAAACUAUCUGGCGCAUCUUCUGAAAUCAUUUACGUGAUUUUUUAACUCCAUUAUAAUCUGUUCCCGCAGCACAGAGGCGACGUUAGCCUUUACAGCGGCGCUACUUUAAUGCAGUGGUAAUAAUGCUCAUGCUCACAUACGUAGGCAGUGACUUCAUACUCAUCCUCAGUGCAGCCCCUCGGUGUAAAAGAAUGGAUGUACAGCCAUGAAACGCGUUGUGUGGGUUCUUUUUAACGACGUAAUCUCUAAAAGAAAAUCUUUCGCCAAAUUUUAAUCAACGAAACGAAUUUAAUGUCCCUCUAAAUCGCUCAGUUGUGGAUCAUCGGCUGCAGUUUUUUCCUCCCCCUGGUGACCACACCGCUGGAAUAGGAUGAUGGAGACACCGUUGAGUAUUGAAGCCCUCCACCAAGGUGGCAGCAAUGACGGAGGCAGCCGACGCUGUGAUCAUCAUGUCCUCCCUCCAUACAGAGGAAUGAUGUACCAACUGGUGACUGUUGAUUUCAUAUAAAUUGCUGGUAAUACAAUGAACACCACUGUUACACCAUCAGACCUGGUGGAUGUGCCAAGACAUCAGACCUUCAAUGGCACCCUGGGCACCCAGAGCUCAACCAGUUGGGCCGUGAUUCACCCUGCCACGUUGACCUUAUGUUCCCUGCUCCUCAUUUUUAUCUUUUGCCUGGGCUCAUACGGGAACCUGGUGGUGUUUCUGUCCUUUUUUGACCCUGCUUUUCGCAAGUUCCGCACAAACUUUGACUUCAUGAUCCUCAACCUCUCCUUCUGUGACCUGUUCAUUUGUUGUGUGACUGCGCCCAUGUUUGCACUGGUGCUCUUCUUGGAUGCCGGUGGAGCUGAUGGUGUGUCAAAGAGUUUCUGUUUCGCCUUCCAUUUGACCAGCUCGGGGUUCAUCAUCAUGUCUCUGGAGACCGUAGCUGUCAUUGCUUUGCACAGAUUGCGGAUGGUCCUGGGGCAGCAGCCCAACCGCACCGCCUCUUUCCGUCGCACAUUGGGCUGCAAUGCUUUGCCCUUGGUGCCGUUGCACAACCGGAUGUCCAGCUUCACCAUGGCUGCUCUGCUCACCAUGCGAGCGUAUCCACAUAGAGACGGACCCUGUCUGCCACAUUUUGGUCUGGGCAGUGGACAGGCUAGGGUUGUGUUGUACGUUUACCUGUCAGACUUUGCCUUUUGUGUAGCUGUGGUGUCUGUGUCCUAUCUGAUGAUUGCUCAGACUCUGAGAAAGAAUGCACGAGUGAGAAAAUGUCCCAUCAUCACAGUGGAUGCCACAUGUCCUCCGCCCCCACCCCCCCUCAUUGCAGCAGGCUUUGAGAGCAUGCAGUGUGGUGUCCAAGGCCCACCACUGUACCGUAACCAGAUGUACAACAAACUGCAGAAUGUCCAGACAAACUCCUACGUCAACAGGACGGGCCACCCUUUGGUUCCUGGUGCCGCCCAGGGCGCCACCUGCUGCCAGCUGGUGUCAACAGUCAACUUAGCCACAGCUAAAGACUCAAAGGCAGUUGUCACCUGUAUUGUCAUUGUGUUCUCAGUGCUGAUUUGCUGUCUGCCAAUGGGGGUGUCUCUGGCACAAGAUGUUUUGUCACCAAAAAGUAACUUUGCACAUUACCAGUUUGAACUGUGCGGCUUUGUGCUCAUCUUUCUCAAGUCCGGCAUCAAUCCUUUCGUGUACUCACGCAACAGCGCUGGCCUUCGUCGUCGCGUGUUGUGCUGUGUUCACUGGGCAGCCUUGGGUUUUCUCUGUUGCAAGCAAAAGACUCGUCUGCAUGCAAUGGGGAAAGGCAGCCUGGAAGUGAAUCGCAAUAAGUCUUCGCACCAUGAAACCAACUCGGCCUACAUGUUGUCACCCAAACCACAGAGGAGGUUGGUUGACCAGGCCUGUGGGCCAAGUCAUUCACGGGAUUGUGUUGGUAGUCCAAAGGCAACAGGUGUGCGCAAACCUCGCCCUCCAAGCACCUCCACCCCUAUCAACACCCGCAUUGAGCCCUACUACAGCAUAUACAACAGCAGUCCCUCCGCAGGGCCCAGCUCGCCCACUAGCUUGCAGCCUGUUAGCUCCCAGACAUUUGCCUUUGCUAAGUCAUAUGUAGCCAUGCACUACCACACUCACCAGGACUCUGUGCAAGACUUUGAAAGCACCUCAGUUCACCAAAUUCCCAUCCCCUCGGUCUGAUCAAAGAUCUGUACAGUGCAAGGAGUUUCACUUUGACUUGAAGUCAAGCAUGAAUCAAAAGAAGGAAACGGACACAGGUUAUUUAUGUUGUUUUUGUGAAUGGAACAUUUCUAGAACCAGUCAUAAGCUUGGUCUUGGGUUCAAAAACGUGCAAAAAUAAUGUGUAAAUAAUUGUCUGUGAAAAAAGAAUUAUCCGUUAUUUAAUAUAUUUAUUUUACAGAUAUGGAAUUUUCACACGUCACUCACUCUCCCGCCUUCCCUCUCGCACAUGCAUGUGCCAUAAUACCCUGAGACUGUAAUGUUUCACUGCAGGUUACAGUUGCUGCUCUGACUGCUGCCAACUCUUUGGCUGACGUUGCAGAGUGUUGAUAUCAGCUGCUGUCAAACCCUGCACAGGCCCACGCGUGGAUGUUAACAGCAUUUUGUCCGCACUUUGACAUUUUCGCUUCUCGAGAAAAACGUGUUAGUGGAACAUAUACAAUUUUUUUUAAACAAUAAAUGUUUGGCCAGUGUAAUGGAUCUUUGCUUUUGGUGUCCAAAGGGCUAAAAUGAAUAAAUGAUGAAGUUAGCCAGCAAAAGCAAUUUUAAAAAAAAAAUAUUAUUGUAAAAUUGUUGUAUUGUAAUCAGUAUGGAUUUGUUUUAAUAACAAAUUCAGCCUCAUCUAGAACUCCAUGUUUCAUCAUAUUUCUCACUGAUUUUCACAUUGCUGAUACAAUAUUUCUCAAUCCCUCUCUUUGUCCAGUCACCUUGUGAUUUAAACAUGGCUGACUGUAUAUUCCCACUAUAUUUAAUUAUUUUUGGCUUAUCGUCCGCACUUUAGGGCUAACGUCUUUAAACUUAUUUAAAUUUACUUUUUGUUUUCCAAAGAAAUUACUGCUAAUGCUUAUUUUGCUUUUUGCAUUUGGCUUCAGCACCCUCUGGUGGUACAGAAUAAACGCUGGCAAAAUACAUUAAGCGUGACUAUAAAUGUUCUUUCAGCACUUCUCUUGUUUCGUUGUGAUAUAUUAAAAUUAGUGCGGUUAAUCGAUUACAAAUUUAAGUCAGAUUAAUGACUAUCGUGAUUAAUCAUGAUUAAUCGAGAUAAAUCGAUGUCAGUUUAAUCUCUUUGUUUUAUUCUUUUCCUCACAAUGCAUUGGUUUUCAUCCCAUCAUGUAAUACAGCAGUGAUCGGUUUCCCCGAGUGCAGUUUUGAAUUACACACACACACACAUAGAUAUACAUACACUUGUAUUUUACAUUCUGUACAUCCUACAAACUGAUAUGAAAGGUUUUUUUUUUGUAACUCGCCCUUACAAUUUAACACAUCACAUAUUUACACUGCAGAACAAAAGAAAAAAAA